ACCACAGAACCUGGACUGAUAGAACCACCACAGAACCUGGACUGAUAGAACCACCACAGAACCUGGACUGAUAGAACCACCACAGAACCUGGAGGGAAGAGAACCACCACAGAACCUGGACUAAAGAGUAUCACCACAGAACCUGGACUGAGAGAACCACCACAGAACCUGCACUUAAGAGAACCAUCACAGAACCUGGAGGAAGAGAACCACCCCAGAACCUGCACUAAAGAGAAUCAUCACAGAACCUGGAGGGAAGAGAACCACCCCAGAACAUGCACUAAAGAGAACCAUCACAGAACCUGGAUUAAAGAGCUAUGGCACCAAACCAAAGCUAGUCCUUACACUCUUGCUAAUAUAUUGUUAUAAUAUCUUGAAGGUUCAACCAAGUUACAAAAUGACACAUUGGUUUCCCUUCCCUUUUAGCAGUCUAUGAACAUGGUGUGACAUCAGUCCCUGCUUUGGUUUAUUUUCUCCUGACACUGUUUCCACUUGCUAACGUUUUAGCAUUUGUGGCACAAAUCCCAUUAGUUGAGGUCACUUCCAGAUGAUUUGAACAUGAUGAGAGAAUGUUAAUAUGUGAAAUAUUAAUAUCAGUCCUGUGACUUGAAUGGGAUUUUUGUAAAUGUGGGAGUGUUCGACAUUGCAGCCGACUUUAUAGGCAAGUCGAGAUCUACAAAUCACCUUGCAUGAUGAAUAACUACUCAAUAUUAUUUAUAGAUCAUUCAGUCCGUCACAAUGUACCCAUGAUACAUCAGUUUUGAUGCUCUCGAACACUGUCUGUGUGACUGCUGAAGGAAGCCCUCUCUGCAUAAGCUUCUUGGUCCCUGACAUAGAGUUGGAUAGAAGGUACAUCUUGACAUCUUUGUCAUGAUGAUUUCUGUGACAGAAUGAGCAGCACCAUUGAGGGCUAUUUCCAUAUUCAAGUUGUUAAUAUCUUCAACUUCCAUAAGUUUAAUAACAGUCGAUAUACCAACUGAAAUGGUGUAUUUAAUGGCUUAGCCGUGCUAAAACAGGCUUUGAAGCAAGUACGCCCUCUACUCAACUCUAUUGUCCCUGACUGCUUCAAUGUUGUGUCAACCACAGACUUCAAACCUGACACUCAGUGUCUAUUUACAUAGACUUCCAGUAAGUGAACUUACAACACAUCUCCCCUUCACUCUGUAAGUCUGCUUGACUAUAUCUUAAAAUAUGUAUAUUUUAUUAUUUGUUUGUUUCCAUGAACUUCUGUAUCCUGUUAUCUGCAUGGUGAUGCUGUUGUAAUGUAUGUUUUGUUUUUCUGUUAUGUACAGUAUACUCUGUAGAUGUAUUUCUGCGUAGUAAUCUGAUACAGUAUUGUAUAUGGGGUUACACAUGUAAUAUUUUUGUAUGGUAUUUUAAGGACUCUCAAAGCAAGAGAUUGUUGUGGAGACUUGUUUGAAAAUGACCUAAAGUAAGACUGAGAGUAACAGUGAUUAGGUGGAUGCUUCGUAAUAGCUUUAGGAGCAAUAUUAACAUGAGACACAGUGAUGGUGUGUUGUGUUUAGGAGUAGUAUUAACAUGAGACACAGUGAUGGUGGGUUGUGUAGGAGUAGUAUUAACAUGAGACACAGUGAUGGUGGGUUGUGUUUAGGAGAAGUAUUAACAUGAGACACAGUGAUGGUGGGUUGUGUUUAGGAGUAGUAUUAACUUGAGACACAGUGAUGGUGGGUUGUGUUUAGGAGUAGUAUUAACAUGAGACACAGUGAUGGUGGGUUGUGUUUAGGAGUAGUAUUAACAUGAGACACAGUGAUGGUGGGUUGUGUUUAGGAGUAGUAUUAACAUGAGACACAGUGAUGGUGGGUUGUGUUUAGGAGUAGUAUAAAGUAUUUUGUUGGUUUAAAUGCACACACUCAGUAUCACUUCCCUCUUCUCCUUUCCUGUCUGUCCCCUGACAGACAUCCCGAGUCAUAUCAGAAAUCUGUAUAUACACAUUAGACUUUAGAGAACAUGUUCCUCUGUAGCUCAGUUGGUAGAAUAUGGCACCUGCAACGUUAUGGGUUUGGUUCCCAGGACCACCCAUAGGUGCUCUAGUCUAGAACACUGAACCUUCAGUACCACUUUGAUGCAGCUGAUGAGGAGUGAUGGUCAUGGGUGUUUCAAUUGAAUUGGUUCUAAUUGAAUAACAUCAUGGAACUUUGACCUGUAUAUACAGAACUCAGAAGGGCAAGGUAGGUCAUUAAAAUGUUAACGUUAUAAAUAGUACAGUCAACACAUUGUUUAAAUGGUUCCGUAUGUAGUAUAAAAGACCACAGUGAAAAUUGACACAUUUUUUAAAUAAAAUUAAUAUAUGCCCAGACUUGUCUUUUACACAAUUUCUGUUCUAUUACAGUAACAGCCCUUUUCUGGCGUGUUGGUCUGGUUGUCAUGGAUGUUAAUGUCUUUACUAAACAGGAAGGACAGUUCUGUAUCAGCUACUUGUGUUCUGACUGCUUUUAUAAUGUGUUAACACUUACUUCUUGUUUUCACUCACUACCAGACAGUUGACUCACUGUACAAGACCUCUCCUCUUCACUUCACUCUGGAACUACUCUUGACAAUAUCUUGAAAUAUAGUUUUUGGUUAUUUGUUGUUAGUCAUAAGUCAAAUACUUGAGGACUGCAGGGUGGGAGAUGCAACAAUGGCCUUGAGAACAGCAGGAAGUGUGUUGGUGGUCUUUCUCUGGUCUGUAGCAGUGGUACUGGGUCAGGAUGGCUGGAGUGUUACAUACACCACUCAGAGUAUCUGUACCUUGAAGGGGUCAUCAGUGGAUCUGUUCUGCUCUUACACAUAUCCCAGAGGUACAGUCACAACAACCUUCUGGUUCACUAAAAUGGAGGCUGGUAUAGAACCUAAAGAUCUAGGUCAGGACCCAGAGUAUGCAGGUCGUCUGGAGUAUCAUGGGGAUAAGAAGAAAGACUGCACCCUGAAAAUCACAGACCUGAGAGAGAGAGACUCAGCUUCGUACAAGUUCAGAUUACUAACAGAUCAGGAAGGAGGGAAAUAUUCUGGAAGUCCUGGAGUCACUUUGUCUGUCACAGGUCUUCAGGUGAAGGUGACUGGUGGACAUCAGGAUAAGACACUGACCUGUAGCACCACCUGUACUCUGACUGACAACUCCACCUACAUCUGGUACAAGAACGGACAACAUCUAGAUGAGAGCACCUCCCCCCAGUACAAAUACUCAGUCUCCAGUAACUAUGAUGCCAGUUAUUCCUGUGCUGUAAAAGGCCAUGAGGAUCUCCACUCUCCUGCAGUGUGUGUUCAGGGUCAGAGCUGCAACAGAGUGACUUACACCAAGAGGAGAAUCUGUGUCUUGAAGGGGUCAACAGUGGACAUAUCCUGUACUUAUGUUGGUUAUUAUUACACCACAUCAACAUUAUGGUUUAGAAGUGAUAAGUCGACCCCUGAAGACCUAACCACAGACCCAGGGUAUGCAGGUCGUGUGGAGUACACUGGGACAUACAGAGGUCCCUCCUCCCUGAGAAUCACAGAUCUGAGAGAGGAGGACUCAGCUGAGUAUCGCUUCACUUUUAAAACAGACAACUUUGAAUGGGGUCAUAGUUUCCCAGGAACAACUCUGACUGUCACAGGUCUGCAGGUGAAGGUGACUCCUGCUGCAGAGGGACAGAAGACACUGACCUGUAGCACCACCUGUACUCUGACUGACAACCCCACCUACAUCUGGUACAAGAACGGACAACAUCUAGAUGAGAGCACCUCCCCCCAGUACAAAGACUCAGUCUCCAGUAACUAUGGAGACAGUUACUCCUGUGCUGUAAAAGGCCAUGAGGAUCUCCACUCUCCUGCAGUUUGUGUUCAGGGUCAGAGAUGCAACAGAGUGACUUACACCAAGAGGAGAAUCUGUGUCUUGAAGGGGUCAACAGUGGAAAUAUCCUGUACUUAUGUUGGUUAUUAUUACACCACAUCAUCAUUCUGGUUUAGAAGUGAUAAGUCGACCCCUGAAGACCUAACCACAGACCCAGGGUAUGUAGGUCGUGUGAAGUACCCUGACAAAGAGAUAUAUAAAGAUCCCUGCAUCCUGAGAAUCUCAGAUCUGAGAGAGGAGGACUCAGCUGAGUAUCGCUUCACUUUUAAAACAAACAACUUUGACUGGGGUCAUAGUUUCCCAGGAACAACUCUGUCUGUCACAGGUCUGCAGGUGAAGGUGACUCCUGCUGCAGAGGGACAGAAGACACUGACCUGUAUCAUCACCUGUACUCUGACUGACAACCCCACAUACAUCUGGUACAAGAACGGACAACGUCUAGAUGAGCCCACCUCCCGGCAAUACUCUGUCAAAAGUUAUUAUUCAGACAGUUACUCCUGUGCUGUAAAAGGCCAUGAGGAUCUCCACUCUCCUGCAGUGUGUGUUGCGGGUGAGAGCUGUAUGAAUGUGACUUACACCCAUCAGAGUAUCUGUGCUUUGAAAGGGUCAACAGUGGACAUAUCCUGCUUUUACACACAUCCCAGGUGGCAUAACGUCACAGAAGUGUCCUGGUUCAACAAAUGGGAGUCUGGUGUCACUAAAGACCUGAGCCUGAACCCAGAGUAUGCAGAUCGUGUGGAAUACCAUCGACAAACAGAAAAGGACUCCACCCUGAGAAUCACAGACCUGAGAGAAAGUGACUCAACUGAGUGCAAGUUCAGAUUUACAACUGAUGAGGCAAGAUGGGGGUACAGCUUCCCUGGAACAACUCUGACUGUCACAGGUUUUCAGGUGGAGGUGAUUCCUAAAUGGAGUUCAGAGUAUAAGACACUGACCUGUAGCACCACCUGUACUCUGACUGACAACCCCAUCUAUAUCUGGUACAAGAACGGACAACAUCUAGAUGAGAGCACCUCCCCCCAGUACAAAGAUCCAGUCUCCAGUAACUAUGAAGACAGUUACUCCUGUGCUGUAAAAGGCCAUGAGGAUCUCCACUCUCCUGCAGUUUGUGUUCAGGGUCAGAGCUGCAACAGAGUGACUUACACCAAGAGGAGAAUCUGUGUCUUGAAGGGGUCAACAGUGGAAAUAUCCUGUACUUAUGUUGGUUAUUAUUCCACCACAUCAUCAUUCUGGUUUAGAAGUGAUAAGUCGACCCCUGAAGACCUAACCACAGACCCAGGGUAUGCAGGUCGUGUGGAGUACACUGGAACAUACGGAGUUCCCUUCACCCUGAGAAUCACAGAUCUGAGAGAGGAGGACUCAGCUGAGUAUCGCUUCACUUUUAAAACAGACUACUUUGAAUGGGGUCAUAGUUUCCCAGGAAUACGUCUGACUGUCACAGGUCUGCAGGUGAAGGUGACUCCUGCUGCAGAGGGACAGAAGACACUGACCUGUAUCACCACCUGUACUCUGACUGACAACCCCACCUACAUCUGGUACAAGAACGGACAGAAUGUACAAGGUGUCUCCUCCCCCAUGUACUCCAUCAGCAGUGAGAAUGCAGACAGCUACUUCUGUACUGUAAAAGGACAUGAGGAUCUCAGCUCUCCUACAGUUUAUAAACCAAAGAACACCUCAGUGUCAGUCAGUCCCUCUGGUGAAAUAGUGGAGGGCAGUUCAGUGACUCUGACCUGCAGAAGUGAUGCCAACCAACCUGUGCAGCGUUACACCUGGUACAAGAAGAAUGGAGGUGGCUAUCAGAGUAUGACAGGACCACAGCAUGUCUUCAAUCAAAUCCAGUCAUCUGACACUGGAGAGUAUGACUGUUUGUCCCAGAAUGAGAUGGGGACAGACUGGUCUAGGACCAUCAACAUGGAUGUGAAGUAUGCUCCAAAGAACACCUCAGUGUCAGUCAGUCCCUCUGGUGAAAUAGUGGAGGGCAGUUCAGUGACUCUGACCUGCAGCAGUGAUGCCAACCCACCUGUGGACAAAUACACCUGGUACUUUCAAAAUAAGACUUUUCUAAAUGGAUGUAGACAGAUGUACAACAUCAGUAACAUCAAGUCUAAGGACAGUGGACAUUACCACUGUGAGGCCUGGAAUAGAAGAGGAUCUAGGAACUCUACAGCUUUGAUGAUCAUUAUACCAGGGAAACAGACCUCAGUUCUGACUGCAGCUGUAGGAAUCACAGUGGUUCUGGUUCUCAUCCUCUGUUUCUCUGGACUCAUGUGGUUCAGGAGAUUCACAGGAGGAAGUGAUGCCACAGCAGACACACAGAGUGUCCAUCCUGACUGUAACAGUGACACGUACACAGCUCUGAACAUGAGGACCAUGUCCCCUGACUAUGACACUCUGGCAAGUGCCCAUCCUGACCCCAACAGUGACAUGUACACACCUCUGAACAUGAAGACCAGGUCACCAGAUUAUGACACCCUAGCAAAUGUGAGGGGAAUCACCCACUGAAGAGAAGCACCACAGAACCUGGACUGAAGAGAAGCACCACAGAACCUGGACUGAAGAGAAGCACCAUGGAACCUGGACUGAAGAGAAGCACCACAGAACCUGGACUGAAGAGAAGCACCAUAGAACCUGGACUGAAGAGAAGCACCACAGAACCUGGACUGAAGAGAAGCACCACAGAACCUGGACUGAAGAGAAGCACCAUGGAACCUGGACUGAAGAGAAGCACCACAGAACCUGAACUGAAGAGAAGCACCACAGAACCUGGACUGAAGAGAAGCACCACAGAACCUGGACUGAAGAGAAGCACCACAGAACCUGGACUGAAGAGAAGCACCAUGGAACCUGGACUGAAGAGAAGCACCACAGAACCUGAACUGAAGAGAAGCACCACAGAACCUGGACUGAAGAGCUAAGGUUCCAAUCCAAAGGUAGGCCUCAAACCUCUAUCUUGCUACCAUAUCUAGAAGGUUUUCCAGACCAUGGUUUUCCAGACCAGACCAUGGUUUUCCAGAUCAGACCAUGAACUUUUCAGUAAACGCUGGAAUAGAUUUGUUUUUUCUUAAAAUGAUAAUGAUGUAUAUUGAUGAUAAAUGAGGUUAUAUUUUUCAAUUUCUAUAUUUUUGAUGAUACAUAUAUAUAUAGCCUACUUUUCUUGCAUACCAAUCUGUUUAAUAUCUAUUGAUUAAGAUUAUUUUCGUGAUUUCUUUUCUAUGGGAUUUUGACAGAUACAGAUUUUAAUAACGUCAAUAGUCCUACUUUCCUCAGCAACUAAGUUGAAUAAUUUCGAUAAAAGCUUUUUAAUAUUUUUUGCUCUUGGGCCAAGUUUCUUCUGAUGUGUUUAAUGAUGAUUUACUUUGUAUUGCUGUCAGGCAUUAUUCUGUGUUUUAUAUUUAAUAUUAUGUAAUACUAUAUUGUUCAGUGUGAUAUUGCUUGUUCUUUUUAGAAAAUAAAUGUAAUCAAUACAUACCGUU